AGGCACACCGUGUCUCAGUGAAGGAGAUUCACCGUAACCAGCUGUGGCUUGUUGUGAUUCUCACCCCCGUCACUCUCUGCUCCCCGUAAGGAAACGUUCAUUUUUAACCUCAUCAUUUCAGUGAUGUUUUUUUUUCUCUUCCUCUAAAUUGAAUUUCUCCGGUGGCAUUUUAAAGCUGUCAACCAGACCUGUGGAAGGUACUCUCAAGAGGCACCGAGAAACAGAGAGCGUAGGAUAAGUUUUACUCCAGCUCAAAAGACACCUUUCUUUUUUUUUCAGAUCUCGUUCACCUUUUGAUUGACAGACUUUUUACUAUGGUAAACUAAAGACAGUGGUAUUAUAGCACAGGAUUUUUUUAACCCAAACUCAAGAUACAGGAUUUUUUUAUUUAUCUCAAUUCAAAUGCAAAGAAUCACCAGAUUUCCUGAAGAUUCUGUGUGGACUUUAAUGGCUCUAGACAUACCUGCAGUAUGUGUGAAAUUUGGGGAACCAGAGUGAGCUAGGUGAUGGUUCAACGGGCAAACGGAGCUAGAUGCUACAUUUUUCUGUUCAGGCUGCCAGUCUGUUUGCGGCUUACAAUCAAGCGAUGACCACUGUAUCCAUGAAACCCCUGCUGGUCCUGGUGGAGAGGAUCCCCAACGCCACCGACCCGCCUUUUGACUCUGCCCCUUCCUCUCCCGAAAACACAGCCGCCACCUUCACCAUAGGCUGUAUACUCUCCCUCAUGUGUCUGGUCGGCGUUUCCGGAAACAUCUACACCCUCGUGGUCAUGUGUCACUCCAUGCGUUCCGCAGCGUCCAUGUAUAUUUAUAUCAUCAACCUAGCCUUGGCGGAUUUGCUCUAUCUGUUGACCAUCCCGUUCGUUGUCUGCACGUACUUCCUGAAAGGUUGGUAUUUUGGCGAUGCUGGGUGCAGAAUUCUGAUCAGUAUGGAUUUCCUGACGAUGCAUGCCAGCAUCUUUACGCUGACCAUCAUGAGCACGGAGAGGUACUUUGCCGUGCUGAAACCGCUGGACACAGUCAAACGGUCCAAGAGCUACCGCAAAGCCAUUGCGGUGCUUGUAUGGGUGGCUUCCCUGGUUCUUACUUUACCCAUGAUCCUCAGGAUUCAGAUGAUGAUGGUAGGUAGCAAGGCCAUGUGCCAGCCGACCAUCUCUCCGCUGUCCUAUAAGGUGUACAUCACUUUCCUGUUCUGUACCAGCAUCGUGGCUCCGGGGAUGAUCAUCGGCUUUCUAUACAUCGGUCUGGCUCGCACCUACUGGAUCUCUCAGACAGAAACCUUCAAACAAACCAAGAAACUACCAAACCAGAAGGUCCUCUACCUGAUCUUUACCAUCGUCCUGCUGUUCUGGGCCUGUUUCCUGCCCUUCUGGAUCUGGCAGCUCCUGGCUGCAUCAACCCUUUCCUCUACACGCUGCUCACCAAGAACUACAAGGAGUACCUGCGGAAGCGCCAACGUACCUGCACCGCGGGCAGCUACUUCAACCGGAGGAACCGGUUCCAGCGCUCGCCCAGGAGGUCGCUGUCGUCUAGCAGCCAGCAGUGCACGGAGAGUUUCGUGCUCACACACACGCCGUCACAGCGCACCAUGCACAACAACAGCCUGUGAGGUAGGAGAAGAGGUUCUGGUCUUGGUCUUAUUGGGGCAUUAUCUCCACAUGUCUGCUCAUUUAUAGAAAUGAAAAACAGUGAACCCAUUUAUAGUGAUGUAAUGUAUGUCUGAUGGGGUGAAAGAGGUGUGAUGUUGUGUGUAACUACGGCGAGGUCAGCCUGUGAGAUAGGUCUAGUAAACAGACUAUGACAUAGGAGGUCCAUGCAUAGUUUGGGCAAUUCCCCUGAUGUUAUCGCACAUCUCUCCAAACAUAUUCAUUCCCAUGGGAACUCCUUGUGCUUUACUGUAAUGUAGACUACAUCACGUCCGGUUGGAGGGAAGGCUGGUGUUUUUUGAUUGGUUUGGCAUGUGAAUGCAUAGUUUGUUUUAGUCUGUUUUUAGUCUAAUCUAUGUCUUCGUAUUGUUUGAUUUAGCGUUUGGAUUCAAGUUUUUAUCCACAUCACGUUUAGCCCUUGUGGCUGGGACUGCUCGAACCUGACCCGAGCUUGGAUCCUAUUGGCUAGCAGAGUAGCAGUGCUAGCCUACCUGGGUGUUUAUACAUGGCUGGGCCCAAAUGUGACAGGUGCGAGAUGAUUCCCAUGCAAGAGGAAAGAAAAGGGGGGAACUGAUCGAUGGACAGGGGUUCAUCUGCCCUAUAUGCAUCACCAUCAUGCAGCUUCAGGAAGAGAUUAUCCUGUUGUUAGCUCAGCUGCGGUAGAAGCAGGACCUGCUAUCAGAAACAAAGCUGCAUCGAAACAAAGCUGCAUCCCGGGAGAAUUGCAUCUCGGCCUUGAGUGCCUCCUACAGUCAGGAUGCCGAUGAGUCGAGCGCCGAUCACUAGCCAGGCAUAGGAGAUCCUGGAGGGUGGAUGUAUGGCUGGUCUACAUCUAUCCUGGAAGAUCAGAUUGGGCUAUCAAACAGUUUUGCCCCAAUGGAGGCAGACCUACCGGCUCUGGGAGUCGGCUCUGUUCCUAGGAAUUGACUAACGGCUGGCAGCCGGCGAGUAGCUACAACUCCUGUCCAUACCACCAGCCUACCACACCUCCUGACGCCAUCCAAUGCUGCUGGAGCAGUUAGACUAGCUUGGUUUGAGUCCGUUCUGGUCAAUAACUCUAAUAUUGGCACCAUCGUCACACAUAUUCCAGAUUUUGUUGUGUUACAGCCUGAAUUCAAAAUUAAUUAAUCAAAAAUAACAAAAACUCACCCAUAUACACACAAUAUCCUUAAAUGACAAAGUGAAAACAUGUUUUUAGAAAUGUUUACACACUUAUUGAAAAUGAAAUAUAGAAAUAUCCAAUUUACAUAAGUAUUCAAUCCCUUGAUUCAAUACAUAUUGGAAUCUCCUUUAGCAGCGAUUACAGCUGGGAGUCUUUCUGGUCUCUAAGAGCUUUCCACACCUAGAUUGUAUAAUAUUUGCCCAAAAUUAUUUUGAAAAUGGUUUAAACUCUGUCAGAUUGGUUGUCGAUCAUUGCAAUAUAUUUUCAAGCAGAUUUAAGUCAAAACUGUAACUCUGCCACUCAGGAUCAUUCAGUCUCCUUGAUAAGCAACUCCAGGGUAGAUGUUAAAUUAAUCUCCCAGUGACUGAACCAGGCUUUCCUCUAGGAUUUGCCUGUGCUUAGCUCCAGGUUUAUUUUUUAUCCUGAAAAACUUCUGAUUCCUUAAUGAUUACAAGCAUACAUAUACACACUAUGCUUGAAAAUGUGGAGAGUGG